GGGCGAUUUUGGGGCAGAAUGUGUCCCUACGCAGAAUAAUUUUAGCAAACGUUGUUUGAGGUUAGUUGACCGUAGUGCGGUAACGCUGAAUAGAAAUGUAAUUAGGUGUUAACUAAGCGUCCCCGCCGACUGUAGAGUGAACGCAACACGCUAGACAGUAGUCGGCUUGAGGUGGCUGAAAUGUCCACAACAAGACAACAGGCCUGCACUAAAAGAGAGAAGAGGACUCCCAGUAUGUCUGCAUGUUGGACUUGAGUAGAUAAAAGACCAUCCGAGAGGCUGCAACGUCAGAUCCCGUACCCGCGACAGGGGAGGAGAUGGGGAACACAGCCACCAAGUUCCGUAAGGCUCUCAUCAACGGGGAUGAGAUGCUGGCUUGCCACUUAUACGAGAGCAACCUGCAGUUCAAAGAAGCUCUGGAUCCCAAUUCUACAUAUGGAGAGUCCUACCAGCACAACACUCCGCUCCACUACGCUGCCCGACACGCCAUGACACGACUACUCAGGUCUUUUCUCCGAAGCAAAGAUGGAAAUCCGAACAAACGCAAUGUGCAGAAUGAAACGUCUUUGCAUCUUCUCUGCAUGGGACCCCUGAUCCUGACCUCAGAGGGGGCGCUGCUACCCCGCAUCUCACGACCGUACGAAGAUGAGCAGCGACGUGCGGAGUGUCUGCAAAUCAUUCUGGCGUGGACCGGAGCAAAGCUGGACCAUGGCGAAUACGAGAGGGCUGAUAUCAAUGCCACGGACAAUAAGAAAAAUACCUGCCUGCACUACGCUGCUGCCUCGGGAAUGAAGACUUGUGUGGAGUUUCUAGUGCAGCGAGACGCAGACCUUUUUGCAGAGAACGAAAACCGCGAGACUCCGUGUGACUGCGCUGAGAAGCAGCACCACAAGGAUCUGGCCUUGUGCCUAGAGUCACAGAUGGUCUUCUCACUCGCCCCUGAGGCGGAGGGUAUAGAGGCAGAGUACGCAGCUCUCGACAGAAGAGAGCUGUACGAGGGCCUGCAACCUCAAGAUCUACGCAGGCUGAAAGAUAUGCUCAUAGUGGAGACAGCCGACAUGCUGCAAGCACCACUCUUCACUGCAGAGGCACUGCUACGCGCCCAUGAUUGGGACAGAGAAAAACUCUUAGAGGCUUGGAUGACCAAUGCCGAGCACUGCUGCCAACGCUCGGGUGUACAGAUGCCCAACCCUCCCCCGAGCGGCUGCAACGCCUGGGACACCCUGCCAUCACCUCGGACACCACGCACCACCCGCUCCUCUAUCACCUCACCAGACCACAUCAGUCUCAAUACCGCUGAUGAAGAUUCUUCUUUGUGUGGAAUCUGCAUGUCUUCCAUUUCAGUCUUUGAAGAACCUGUUGACAUGUCCUGUGGCCAUGAUUUCUGCAGAACAUGCUGGGAAGGGUUUCUUAAUCUAAAGAUCCAAGAGGGUGAAGCCCACAACAUCCUGUGUCCAGCCUUUGACUGCUACCAACUGGUACCUGUGGAGGUCAUCGAGAGUGUGGUGUCCCGAGAGAUGGACAAACGCUACCUCCAGUUUGACAUCAAGGCAUUUGUGGAGAACAAUCCAGCAAUUCGCUGGUGUCCAGAGGCUGGCUGUGAAAGGGCAGUGCGGCUGAAGACACACGGCCCCGGGGCGUCCACCUCCGACCCGCUCAGCUUUCCAUUGCUUCGGGCACCGGCUGUAGACUGUGGCAAGGGACACCUCUUCUGCUGGGAGUGUCAAGGUGAAGCCCAUGAGCCCUGUGACUGUGACAUCUGGAAGUUAUGGCUACAGAAAGUCAAUGAGAUGAAACCUGAGGAAUUGGCUGGUGUGAGUGAAGCUUAUGAAGAUGCCGCCAACUGUUUAUGGUUGCUCACAAACUCUAAACCCUGUGCCAAUUGCAAAUCCCCAAUUCAGAAAAAUGAGGGUUGCAACCACAUGCAGUGUGCGAAGUGUAAAUAUGACUUCUGUUGGAUCUGUCUGGAAGAGUGGAAAAAGCACAGUUCAUCCACAGGAGGCUAUUAUCGCUGUACCCGCUAUGAAGUCAUUCAACAGGUGGAGGAGCAGUCAAAGGAGAUGACCGAAGACGCAGAAAAGAAACACAAGAGCUUUCAGGAACUGGACCGCUUCAUGCACUACUACACACGCUUCAAGAACCAUGAACACAGCUAUCAGCUGGAGCAGCGCCUGUUAAAAACUGCCAAAGAAAAAAUGGAGCAACUCAGUCGGGCCUUACAUGGAAGGGAAGGAGGCCCACCUGACACAACAUUUAUUGAAGAUGCGGUCCUGGAACUACUAAAGACCCGCCGCAUCCUCAAGUGCUCUUAUCCUUAUGGGUUCUUCUUGCAGCCUAAAAGCACAAAGAAGGAGAUCUAUGAGCUCAUGCAGACAGACCUCGAGAUGGUAACUGAAGACCUUGCACAAAAGGUCAACCGGCCUUACCUACGGACUCCGCGCCACAAGAUAAUUCGUGCAGCCUGUUUGGUGCAGCAGAAGAGACAGGAGUUCCUGGCCUCGGUAGCAAGAGGAGUGGCCCCCAAUGACUCGCCUGAGGCCCCGAGACGCAGUUUUGCCGGAGGAACGUGGGACUGGGAAUAUUUGGGCUUUGCGUCACCUGAGGAGUACGCCGAGUUCCAGUACAGACGGCGACACAGACAGCGGAGGCGAGGCGACAUGGCCAGUCUCCGUAGCAACACACCUGACCCCGAUGAUCCCAGUGAUGGUAUUCUAGACAACGACGAAGUGGGAGGUGGACAUAGACAAGGUCGUUUGAUGGGUCUUGGUUCUUUAGAGGAUGAUGACCCCAACAUUCUACUGGCCAUCCAGCUGUCACUCCAGGAAUCAGGGAUGACAGGCGAACAGUCCGCUCACGAUGUCCUCGCUAAUGAAGCAUCGCUCGGAGCGAUUGGCACCUCCUUGCCUUCAAGGCUUGACCAGAGCGCCCCGGGUGUCGAGGUCCCCCCCAGAGUGUCCUUAAGCAGCUCAGAACUACUGGAGUUGGGGGACAACCUGGCUCGACUCGGCAACAUCAGCAUCAGCGGCCAUUACUCCGCUGCCCCGGGCGUCCCCACCUCUGGUCAGCUCUAUGACAGCCACACCCGAGGCAACGGCUGCUCUGUGCCAAUACCAGGAGCCCCGGGCGGCAGUUUCUCAUCGACGGGGGUCUUCUCGUCCAGCGACACAAUAGACUCGACCACAUACAGCAGCAAUGACCCCAGCUCCUCCUCUGCUUUAGCGGCAAAUGCUAAUUUGCUGGGCAACAUCAUGGCAUGGUUUCACGACAUGAACCCUCAAGGUAUCACCCUGGUCCCCUCCACCUCUUCUGACACGGACACGAAUGUGGAUGAACUCCAUGCAGGUGGACACCAGUGCCUGCAGGAAGAAGCCAACGCCGGUGUCGUCGUCCUCCAUGACGGCAGGAAGUCUCAGGAAGGAAUGCCAGACGUCGCUUUUGGUUCCUCGAGAAUUUGUGACAUGGAGAAAAAGGAAUGCCAUGUUGUAGAGAGGCCGACGCAGCUCCAUCUAGUGGGGCUGGACGCCAUGCCGCUACCUUACAAACGCACCCAUGGCACAGCCGGGGAGCGUGAGGAGCGCGGAGACCCGAAGGUCUGCCACGUCGACACACCUCAAUGUGUCUCUGAUCAGUUAGCCAGCAGCAGCUCCUCAGACUGGGAGGAGCAAAUCCACUUGGUAUGAUCCACUUGGCGGGUCAAAGGUCUUCACAGUUGUACUGCUACGUGCGGUUGGAAUGUAUACAGGAUGAAGUUGUACCGCUUUCCUUGGAAGGGGGGAGGAAGUCUUGCAACUUGAGCCGGCAGAUAGAAGAGCAGAGAACGUGUUUACAUCUUCAGCCGAUGGGAAGGGUCCACCUGGUAGUCAUGGAGAACAUUUAUCAAAUGAAUCCUGCACCAAGUAUUUGACAUUGACCACUGUAGAAUCGAAUGUAGGUAAAACGGAGAUGUGACGAGCCGUGGAACUGUCGUCCCUGCGAUGUGACCGACAAACACUGGAGUCACAUACUGUAGUCGCUGACCUUGAAAUCGUUUCUUCUUAUUCGCUUAUUCACCGCACAGACAGAUUUAGAACGGCAUCCAAUCUAACAUCGGUCUUUUUCACGACCGUUUUUGGUUAUUUUUAAAGCAUUGCUGGGCCAACACGCCGUCUGCUGCCGCUACUGUCCUGGUACUUUGUUGACCUGAUCUUUAGGGUACAUAGAGAACCAACUCCUUCCUGUCUGUCGGCCUGCUUCCUGGUGGCUCCACGCCGGCCGUCACAGCACAGUUUACAGUCACAAAGUGGAUUCUUCCGUAAAUCAGAUCGUGCCUGUAUUUAACAGCAAUGCCAUCCAGCAGUCAACAUGUGGUGUGAACGUGUCCGGUCUUGGUUUCAACCUGAUGUUCACGCUGUCGAUAAAACUCCAAAAAAAGCUGCAGUGAAGUUUAGAUGAGUUAACCAAAUUAGACAAGUAUUUUACUAUGUGAGACUUUCAUCCACCAGCCCUCCAAAUACUCGAGUAAUAGUAAUGGAAGGUGAUACUGGAGAGCUGACCUAACAUCCUUUCAGUCAGCAUCUAACCAGGCUUUUCCACCGCUGCUUGAGACUUCUAUUGACUCUGCUUCAUUUGGAGCCGUGAUGAUGUAGCGGAGCGGUGGAGUGGUACGCCAUGAAGAGACCAAUCAGCAAGCGGUCUUGUUUGGACUGCAGAAAAAAAAAAAAACGUCAGUUCGAAGUCGCAUUCGACCUUUUCAAACGCGGCUCCAUCAAGACCCUGCAACGGAUCUCUGGCUCGUCUUCACGCGACGCGAGAUGAAUCAUGGAGGGGUUCUCUCCACAGUUAAAGAUACAGUGCCUUUAUUUCAAUCACGGUUUUACAAGUAUACUCUUUACGCAGUAUUCACAGUGUAAGCGAGUACGUAGUACUUUGAUGUUAUUUCUGUCACGUGAAGUUUAAAAUGCACCAACCAAACCUCGUUUUGGGAGGGAAUGGUUCGCUUUCGGAGUGGUGACGCUCCUCAUACUUUCCUCCCAAAUUCCAUAGGUUUGUGUUGCUUUUUUUUUAUUCUAAUUUGGUUUUCCUGUGGAUGAGUAUUUCAUGUCAUUAUUGAUUUGGACUUGACCUCCUUGGAGACCAGAAGACACUAAAACGGAGGACGGUUGCAAUAGAAAUUGCUAUUUAUUUGAAAUGAAAGGUAAAUCUGUAAAUCCACUGAAGGAAUGACAAAGGAACUGAAACACUUUGGUUGAUUGAUGGGAGUUUUUUUGUCAGCUUUGUGCCUCACUGAUCUGAAGUUUGUUUUCUAAUAAUUAGGUCUAGAUACAUGAAGAUUGCUUUGGCAGAUUUCUUGAAGUUGUUCAACUGUGAGUGCCAUGUGACGUGCGGAGCAGCGGUUAAUGUGGUAGUGAAACACGGGAUAUACGAUGAUAUUGUGGAAGACACCUCCAACUGUCCAGGUGAAUUAUUUCAAUAACAUUUUCUAACUCGUUGAGAUUUUCUAUUGUAAAGCCACUAAUCCUUGAAAUGCUCUUUGCACUUUCAUAGUCUAUACUUGAUACAUUCCCUCUUUAUAUGAAUUGUUUGGUGUGUGAUGCCAAUAAAAUAUGUGUUGACUUUU